AUGGCAGACAACGAUCUCGCCUCGCCUCUCAUCUCUUCUGCACCCUCCGAUCACCCCCACUUGAUCCUCACCGUCCAAGACGACACCGACACAGACCACAACAACCACAACGGCAAUCACGGCAGCAACAGCACCCACCACCACUUUCGCAACCCAUAUGCGUUUCUCGGGUCGGAUGGGUUCACCGUACCCGGUUCGACCACUGCGGACCCGUUUAGGAACCACACACUGGAGAUUCGUGGGCUUUACGAGUGGUUAAAGAUCGGAAUUUGCUUGCCCAUCGCGCUGGCUCGGCUUGUGCUCUUUGGGGCCUCUUUGCUGAUUGGGUUUGUGGCUACAAAAUUGGCUCUUCAGGGAUGGAAGGACAAGAAGAACCCUAUGCCUAAGUGGAGGUGCAGGAUUAUGUGGAUCACUAGAGUCUGUACUCGUUGUAUUCUGUUCUCUUUUGGCUACCAUUGGAUAAGACGGAAAGGAAAACCUGCUCCUAGAGAAAUUGCUCCAAUAGUUGUAUCUAACCAUGUAUCAUUCAUUGAACCUAUCUUCUAUUUCUAUGAAUUAUUCCCUACAAUUGUGGCAUCUGAAUCCCAUGAUUCCCUACCCAUGGUUGGAACAAUCAUCAGAGCAAUGCAGGUGAUAUAUGUAAAUAGGUUUUCUGCAUCGUCAAGGAAGCACGCUGUUAGUGAAAUAAAGAGAAAAGCUUCUAGCGAUAGAUUUCCUCGAGUGCUUUUAUUUCCUGAGGGAACCACAACCAACGGAAGAUUUCUCAUUUCAUUUGAACUUGGUGCAUUCAUCCCUGGUUUCCCCAUACAACCAGUAACUGUACGCUAUCCCCAUGUACACUUUGACCAAUCCUGGGGGCACAUUUCUUUGGCAAAGCUCAUGUUUAGAAUGUUCACACAGUUUCACAAUUUCAUGGAGGUAGAGUAUCUUCCUGUUGUCUCACCCCUUGAUAACAAGAAAGAAAGUGCUGUUUGUUUUUCUGAGAGGACUUGUCAUGCUAUGGCAACUUCACUCAAUGUUGUACAGACAUCUCAUUCUUAUGGGGACUUAAUGCUACUUAUGAAAGCAACUCAGUCGAAAUCGAAACUGGAGCGCCCCGCAUCUUAUAUGGUUGAAAUGGCGACUGUAAAAUCACUACUCCAUAUAAGCAGCAUGGAAGCUGUGGACUUUCUGGAUAAGUUUCUUUCUAUGAAUCCAGACCCUAGAGGUCAUGUUAACUACAGUGGUUUCCUGAGGGUUCUAAGACUCAAGGCCUGUACCUUUUCUGAAGAGGUCAGUUACCAUUGA